CACAUCACGCGCGUUAAAAAACUAGUAAUAAAAGAAAAAAGAAAAAUCUCCGUUCUCUUUCAUCAUCGUACACACUCGAACUUACAAGGUACAAACCCUAAUUAGCAAAAACUAACCCUUUCAUUAAAUCUCCCAAAUUCCGAUUCCAAUUCCAAUUCGAAACUUCUUUUCCCCCAAAUCACUCUUCAAAACCCUACAUUUUCGUUUUUCAAUCGAAAUUUCGAAUCGAACUCAAAAAAAAGCAAUCGGAAUCAUAUUCAAAUUUGAGGUAAUAGAUCGAAUGAUGGGUAACACUAGCGAAAACACAGAAUCACAAAAAUUUCGAUUGUAUGGGAAGACGAAAAUGCCAGAGCUUCAACGUGGAAAUUCAGUCAAAACGACGACGAAUAAGAAGCAGAAGAAUAUCGUUGAUAAUAAUCAGAAGAAAUCGACUCAUUUGGUUGGUAACUACAUUCGAACUCGCGCAGCUGUUGCGAGAGAAGCAGAAGCAGUAGCAGUAGUUGGUGUUGUUGAAGAGGAGAGAGAAAAAGUUGUUAAGGAUCCUCCGAGAACUAGGUUAGCUGUGAAAAAGGGCAAAUUUAAGGAACAAACAACAAACAACAACAAAAGGGUAAUCAAUAAUACUAAGAAUAAUAGUGGAAAGAAGAAGAAGGUUGUUGAUAAGGUUGUACCAGUGGUUGUGAUAUCGGAGAAGGAAAGUGAGUUAAACGAGAGAGAAUCAGAAGUCAGAGAAGAAAUGUUGGGAGAUGAUAGUGGUGGUUUAAGUGCUAAUAAUAAGGGAACUGGACAUGAUGAUGAUGGAAAUAAAUCCCCUUUUCCUGAAAGGGUUCAAGUGGGUGCUUUUCCUAUUUAUAAAGUAGAAAGGAAGAAAGGUGGGUUUGGUCAGGUGUUUGUUGGCCGUCUUGUUAACGGUGGGAAUGAACGCGCCACCGGGUCUGGGGCUUUGGAGGAGAUUGUGAGGUUCGUUUGCAAGGAGUGGAAUGCUAUUAUCUCUGACCCGCUCUUUAUUAGAGCCCACCUUCUUCAGUCCAUGUCAUCUCCUGCUACUACUGGUUUCCUUAUUCAAGACGAUGACCUGGAUGAUGCUAAGCUAAAACAGGCCUAUUAUGUUCACCCAUAUGAUCGUGUUGUCAGUAUACUUAAGCUUCCAUUUGAGGCCUUCAUUUUGGCUUCUUGUAACGGACUACUCUUGCUUCAAAAUGCCUUCAUUCCAAAAGAAUUGUCUGUAGUGAAUCUUGUAACUAAAGCCAACAUCAGUCUCCCUCCCCUGUCCCUCACCCUGCCAAAGGUAUGCAUUUAUCGUAAACCUUCUGCUGUUCUAGCAUUUGCACCUUCUUCUGGUCGAUACAAAGUCUUUUGUCCUUGUUUCGUCCCCAAAUAUCCACGUUCACCAUAUCGUCAACGUGAAAAAAAUGAUGAUCAUCUUGCCAGAUUUGAAGUUAAGGUUAUGGUAUGGACAGUAGCUGUUGAUGAAACUUGGAGGGCUAUUGACAUUGACUGUCAAGGCAUUACUAUGAGUAACAAGGCAAAGCAGACACUACUGAGUCAUCCGUUUUCUAUUGCAGCGGGGUAUGUCUAUUGGUUUGAUAUAUGUCACUCUCUUGGUUUUGCCUUGGAUAUAGAUGCUGAAACCAUGUAUCAAUUCGAAGGGCCAGAAGAUAGCGUUAUCAACAGCAAGGAGAAGACUUACUGUAUACCAAUGGACACCGGUGGUGCAGGUAUAAUAUAUUGGCAAAACCCUAGUAAGUUUUGGAAAGUCUGGGAAAUGAUAGGACCGAAAACUGGCCCUUGGGGUAGAUGUAUGAAUUUCGAUGCAGCUGGUAUGUAUUUGGCGCUUCAGAGACAUUUCAAUCCCUCAAAGUUUGGAGUCGCUAUACCUCUUUAUAUGAGCUUGAAAACUGGGGAGUUUUGGUUUUUUGGCUUUGUGGAAACCAAGCAUAGCAUGUCCUUUGCGUUGGUUUGUUAUAAUUGGAAGACGGGAAGUGUUUGGUCACCUCCCCCUAGGUGGCGAAGAUAUUUUGACUUCCCACAUCUUCACGUAAACAGCUUGCUAUCACUGAAGAAUCUCUAGUUGUACGUGGAACGGCGAUCACUUUGAAGAAAUGAAGUGCAAGUGUUGUGUAGUUCGAUGGAUACAUGCAUGUGGAUAUGGAGACUCAACAAAUUUGACGUUGCUGUUUAAGUUAAAUAUUAUUCACCCCCUUCCCCCCCCCCCCCUCCCCCCAAAAAAAAAUUAAAAAAUUGUUGUUCAGGUCGCUUGGACCUAAUGUUUACAAUUUGAUGUAGACUUGAUUGACAUCAUCAUGUAAGUUAUUUGUACUUCUCUUCCCCCAUUUGUUGUUACUGAUCACUUUGUACUCAACAAUUUAAUGUAUGUGGGAAUUGGAGAUUAGAUUGAUGUCUUAAUGUAUUUUACUGCUUUUCUCA